AUGGCGAAACUCCCCAAGAUCACCAAGCCUUACUUCAUAGCGCUCGUCGCUACUGUUGGAGGCAUGCUAUUCGGCUUCGACAUCUCGUCAAUGGCCGGCAUCAUCAACUCGGAGCAGUAUAUCGAGUACUUUGACAACCCCUCGGGAGUCAUCCAGGGUGCCAUCGGCUCUUCCCUGGCCGCCGGGUCCGUCGUUGGUAGCCUGAUGGCAGGGCCUAUUUCGGAUCGAUGGGGUCGUCGUGACAGUAUCAUGUUCGCCUGCCUGUGGUGGAUCGCCGGCACCUCUGUCCAGGUUGCUACGACUGGCGUAGGUAGUCUGAUCGCUGGUCGUAUCCUCAACGGUGUCUGCGUGGGCAUCACUUCUUCCCAGGUCCCCGUUCAUAUUGCCGAGAUCGCAAAGCACAAUCAACGCGGCUCACUCGUGUGCUGCCAGCAGAUUGCCAUCGAGGUCGGCAUCCUGGUCAUGUACUUUAUCGGCUUCGGAUGCACAAAGAUCCCGGGAACGGCCUCGUUCCGCACUGCCUGGGGCUGCCAGUUCAUCCCCUGCGUCAUUCUGCUCUUGGGCAUGCCUUUCCUCCCCCGAAGCCCCCGGUGGCUGGCAAAGGUCGGCCGAGACGAAGAGGCGAUCCAGAUCCUAGCGGACAUCCAGGCAGGCGGUAAUAUUCACGACCCGGCUGUCGUCGCCGAGUGGGAAGAGAUUGUCAAAGUGAUUGCGGCCGAGCGCGAGACAGGUCGCGGCUGGAGGAUGUUCGUCCGCAACGGGAUGUGGAAGCGGACGCUUGCGGGCAUGUCUGUCCAGGCGUGGCAGCAAAUGUCUGGCGCCAACGUCAUGGUCUACUACAUGCCAUAUGUCUUCCUGAUGGCCGAUCUUUCCGGUGACACCAAUACCAUCAGCGCUGGUGUGCAGUAUGCUUUGUUCAUCAUUUUCACCGUCAUCAUGUUCUUCUUCAUUGACAAGACUGGCCGCCGCACUCUGCUCAUCUGGGGCGCCGUGGGCAUGGGCAUAUGCCAUUUUGUCGUCGCUGGCCUCCUGGGCGGGUACUCUGUCGACGUCCCCGAGGGCGUCAACGGCAACGCCAACGUGACGAUGCGAGUCACGGGAUCGCCUGCUUACGGUGUCAUCGCCUUCAGCUACCUCCUCAUCAUUGUCUACGCCCUCACCCUCGCGCCCGUGGCCUGGAUCUACGCCGCCGAGGUGUGGUCGCUGGGCACGCGGGCGACGGGCAUGUCCCUCGCCGCCACGGCCAACUGGCUCUUCAACUUUGCCCUGGGCAUGUUCACGCCGGAGGGCUUCGUCAACAUCAAGUACAAGAUCUUCAUCAUCUUUGGCAUCCUGUGCUUCGGCGCUGCGGCACAGGCGUUCUUCACCUACCCGGAGACGUGCGGCAAGACGCUCGAGGAGAUCGAGGUCAUGUUUGCCAAGGGCUCGAUGCCGGCGUGGAAGACGAGAAAGGGCGAGUCGCGCCUGGAUGCAGAGAUCCAGGCUGUGCGGGAUCGCAAGGGCGCCGGGGGUUUGAAUGGUGGGGAUGAGCCGCGCGUGUCCACGUCAGAGAAGGUUUGACGGGCGUAGCUAACACUUGAGGGGGGGGGGCCUCAAAUGCAGAAGGAAAGAUUCCAGAUAUGGUCUUCGUUCUUCCGGGUAUACGAUAGAGGUGUUUGAUGUUGAAAACAGCUUGAACCAGCACGAGUCCGUGGGGAUUCGUGUCAUAGUAUCAUAGUAUCAAAUGCCAAAAUGACACUGCCAUUUCAGCAUCGAUACAUGGUGGCUGUGGCUUGACAAUCGUGCCUGAAGAGCAGCUGCCAAUAUCCCAGGUUGAAGAUGUCGUAACGUCGUGUUUGUAUGCACAGGCGUGAUCGAGUUAUGUGUAG